AUGGCAUGGCCAAAGCUACCAGCCAAAGCUGCCUAUUUGGCCUUGAACAACCCUCAGCGUCGCAAUGCCCUCUCUCUGUCAGUCUUGCGACGCCUGAAAGACCAACUGAUCAGCUUCAACACGUCGCCGGGAGAUGGGAAGUUACGGAUACUGCCGCCAUUCCAACCGCGGAUACUCGAAGACCUGGAAGCUAUUUCCGCCAAUGCUGCAGCAACUACGCUACCAGACGAGAGAGCUACCGAGCUGGGAUGGCUUCUUGAUGCCGAUGAAUGGCGCAAACACCGCAGACACCUCCCAAAUGUCCUCGUAUUGCGGAGCGAAGGACCAGUAUUCUGCUCAGGACAUGAUCUCGGCGAACUACGAAAGCUCUCUCAUGACGAAGUCAAGGGGACAUUCGCUCUCUGCGCUGAAGUAAUGAGUCUCAUCCGCCGAUCUCCAGCGCCUGUAGUAGGCGUUAUUCAAGGACUGGCGACAGCUGCAGGAGCUCAGCUGGCCUUGACGACGGAUCUGCCAAUAGCUGCUGCCGAUACGCAUUUCCGACUGCCUGGUGCUGCCAUAGGUCUCCCUUGUACUUCGCCUUCAACAGCUGUGUCGAGACGCCUUGGAGCACCUUUCACGUACAGGAUGCUGGCGCUCGCAGAGCCCGUUCGAGCAGAUCAGCUGCCUGGAGGCGCAGUGGAGUGUGUGGCUGACUACGAAGCCCUGGAAACAAGGGUUGGAGAGGUCGUCAAAAAACUUGUCAAUGAGAGUGCGCCGCAAUCGCAAGCGCUCGGUAAAUGGGCCUUCUAUGUUCAGAAUGGAUUGGCUGGAGGCGAGACUGGUGGUGAUGGAUACGAAGAGGCUGUCACCUGGGCUGGUCGAGUCAUGGCUUUGCAUGCACGCUCUGCCGAAACGAAGGAAGGCGUUGCUGCAUUCUUUGAAAAGAGAAGACCCGACUGGAAGCUGUAA